AUGUUGUCGCCGGCCACCGUACGCCUGUUGGUGUUCGUCUUCUUUUACGUGCUGUUCUUGGCCAUCGGGGCGUACGUGUUCUCGGCCAUCGAGGCGCCCGCCGAAGCGGCCCGGGUCCGGGAACUCAAGGUGCUCAGGCAAGGAUUUCUCAACGAGCACAAGUGUGUCAAAGGUAUAACAAAAUAUAUCCUAUCUGCACGUGCACGCAAUAUUAGUGGUUUUUUUUUUUUUUAUGUUUUUUUUUUUUUUUUUUUUUUUUUUUUUUUUGUUUUUUUUCCCGAACAAUUUUGACUAUCGCGUAAAUCGGCCUCUGAGAUGAACGUGCGGCGGCAUAUUUUUACGCACGGUAAUUACCACAACGCGUUUAGCGAAUUCGCCGGUUCGCAGCUAACACGCCGCGAAAAAACACUGUCCGAACGAACGGAUUUUCGGACUUUCGAGAAAACAAAACGGAGGGGGGGAAACCGACGUCGCUCAUGUACCCACUAGCAGCCCCGCACCUGUAUUAUUGCGCUGUACCCACCACCGUAUGCCACUAGCCGAGGCGUUGAUACAUACCGAUAAACAACAAAUAAAUAUUGUGCGAUUCGGGCCGUAAACGAACGAAAAUGAAAAAAAAAAAAAAAAAAAAAAAAAAAACAUACAAAAAUACGAAUAAUUCCAGGACCCCCUUGACGCGACUACCCCUGAACGCGUCGGCCAGAGCCGUCGUAACGCGUAAACGACGCACCGUCACCGUACAACGCGCCGCAUCCUCACGCCGUGUACGGUACCGGUGUACGUAUUCAUAUAUGUGGUUCGUAUAACAUUUUAAACGUUCACGAACGAUUUGUGUACGGCGCGUCGUACUUACCCGCGGCGGGCAUACGCGCAAUAAUAGUGGAUGUACGGCGUUACUUAUCGCGCGUACUUACCGACCGUUGGGUGUGACGAUAAGCGGUGGGACGGAAACGAUUAAGACAUUAUCGGAACGAAGAUCAACAGGUACCGACCGUAUCCCGCAGCGGGUAUAAUUAUUGUCGUGUCGCACAGCCUAACCGUUACGAUCCACUCGCGUUGACGUCUGGCCCUGCCGGGUUUUCCGCGCUUUUUUUCGCCGAACGCCUAGACGUAGGCGCGAUGCCGGAUUUACGUUCGGUGAAGUGGGAGGGCGGGGGAGGGGUGAGGGUCCAGGGCGAUACACGCCAGAUAUACACUCAGGUGUCUGUUUUUACCCGCGCAAUAAUUAUCGUAUGCUCGAAGGAGGUUACGUUUUAAAAUCAUAUUGUACGCGCACACGAUCGGGCGCAUAUCACAAGCAGUCCGGGGGUUCGAACCCAUCACCGAAACAGUUCAAAAAACACGUUCAUGUUUUUUUAUGGAUACUCGUGAAUUUCCCUGACCCACCCCCUUCGCGAUUUUUUUUUUUUUCUAUUUUGUUUCCGCGCCCGAAUUCGACGAUAUCGACGACAGCACAUUUGCGUUACAAAACGCGUUUAAUAAUAAUUCGUUUGAAAAUCACAUUGAACGCAAACAUCGUUUAAGUUAUGAUAAUCGUAUAGUUGUAUAACUCACGUUAUUCGACGAUUCUUUUUUUUCGUUUUUGUACGCGCAUUGAUUGUUGUAUACAUUAUAUAAACGCCAAUCGACUUUUGAAAACGGUACGAAACAAUUAAUAUAAACAAUAACGUAUAAUAAUUAUAAAAUCAAUGAAAUAACAAUAUUGUCAUAACACAACAAAAUCAUUAAAGCCAAUAAUAUCAACGUUGUACAAAUUAUGUCAACGUAUUUAUUCAAAUACACUUUCAAAGAAGACUUCUACGUUUAGUUCUCGCCGAUAAGGGUUGAACGUUUUAAACGUUGACGAAAACUUCUGAUUUCUGCAGUGUUUCAAAAAUAUAUUUGCCCUCGGAUUCUUAGCGGAAUCAGAAUACAAAUGUAUUUUAGUUGCACGAUGAUAAUUAUCGCUUUUUUACCAGUUGUUAUACCAAGUCAAAUAUGGUCGAUACUGUAAGGGAAACAACUUUGUACAAUGAUAACAGAAAAAUUCACGAAAGCCCCGAAUAAAUCUAAACAAACUUCAAAAUGUAUAGUAAAUUAUAAUAUUCUGGACACUGAAUACACUCAUUGAUCACCGGAACGUAUUGAUUUAUCGCUGUUAUAUUAAAGCGUUUAUUAAACGAUCAAUUCUGAACUUCAUCAUUUAAAAAAGGAAUUUAUUUGUUUUAUCGUGAUCUUUUUUUUUCCAAAUGGUUUUCUGUUUAUUAACGGUUUUGUACCGAAUAACGAAAGAGUUUUUAUAUUAUAGAAUUUUGAAUUUUAUUGAUCAUUUUAUGAUUUUUUAAGUAGUUUUUAUAAUAGACGCGAAAAACCGGCCAAAACGGACAAACCUACGACGACAAAAGUUUCAUUAUGUUCGAUUUUGCAUUUCUGAAAUCUUAUUUAGAAAUUCAAUUACAGCAUCUUUUUGGAAGGAAAUUGUAUUUCAUUGAUGCAUUCCGUGGUCAUUUUUUCGAUUUUGUAGUUUUAUUAAUAAUUUGGAAUCUGUGGAAAAUGGGAAAGCUUAUGGAAACAACGGUUUCAUUAUUUUCGAUUUUGUUUUAUUUCAUUUAAAAUGAAUCAUACAGAUCUGCAUUUUUUACAGAAUAUUUAUUUUAACCAUUUCUAAACACGGUUAACCAUUUUGGCGAUUUUAGAGCUAUUUGUAGGCAUUUCACAUCUCCGAAUAUUUUUUUAGUUUUUAAGUGAUAGAUAAAAUGGUUUGGCCGAUUAGAAAUGCUUGAAAAUUGUACAUGAGGUUCACCGUUGGUGUACUUAGUGGCAAAAAAAAAUUGUUUUUCCCACAACAGUGGCACAUCCGUCAGAAGUGUCAAUUCUUAUUCUCAGUAUACACUUACAUGGAAUUAUUUUAUUCAAACAUUUACCUUCUAUACAUAUAAAUACAUAAUAUAUUUAUUACUUAAACGUGUUUAAAUUGUAAACUACAGUUUUGGGAGGCUGUAACAUCUUGGUAUUUUACUGCGCCGUAUACAUUUUACAACCCUAUAGUCACCUUAAAUUUUAAACGUGUAUAAAUAAUAGAAUAUUUUUGUUCAGUAUCCGAACUCUCAGACAAACUGUACGUUUCAUCACAAUACGCGUAAUAUUGUGAAAUCAAACAUAAUAGAGGUUAUGUUUUUGACAUAAUCGGCAUUCGGUUGAAAAUCGUGAGGGUGCAAAAAUAUAGGUAUUGUGCAGAUCCGCAGAAUCGUGAGGUGCUUACCACUCGCGUUCUCCUUGAAAUAUCAGACCAAUACUAUAUUUUACUAUCUUCUUCUCUUUCGCUUUCAUCCCAACUAUUUGGAAUCGGCCAUAAUACUGUAUACGCUAUAAAUACUAAACAAUAUAUUAUUGUUAUCACAAAUCACACACUUGGUAUUAUUUGAAUAAUAAAAUUCAAACUUAAAAUUUUGCAUUAUUAUCAAAUUUGAUUAUAUUCCGUAUUGUGUACCGCCGACAGUUACAGAGUAAUAUUAUUUUGCCCUGGGAUCAAAAUUAAAGAAAAAGAAGAAUAAGAAAAAAGCAAUCUAAUACUACUAUAUUGUUAAAUUAAUUUAAAAUUAUUUUGUCUGUUAUUCGCAACAGAAUUAUGUACACAAUUUUGUCUCAAUUUGUCUCAGACAAUUGUGCACACGGUGCAAUUGAAUCCUCUUCCUCUUCUCAAAGUGAUACACUCUAUUUGUUACCAGAAGAAGGGUCUUUAUGGUAG